UGCAAGGCAAACACGACGUGACAUCCAUCCCUAUAUUUGUAGAUCUGCUCGGGUCUGGCCAAUCCCUUCCUGUGUUGGAUAUCUUGCUCUGACGUUGAAAGCAUGAAAUAUCGUGACAUUUCAUCAAAUCUCACCGGACGUCAUUUCCGUUUCCUAGGAACUUUCUUCCUUCAGAUGUUUGCACUAUUCGGCUCGGCUUUUGCUAGCAAACACGUGCUCGAUAUUUUUUUCAACAUCUUUUUGGAAACACGGUGCGAACACACGAAAAAAAAAUUAUGGAAAGACACGGAGUCAGAAGAUUUUACUCUCCGGCCGAAGUCUUGGAGCUCGUCACCGCUCAAAAUGGCGAGAAUGAAGAAGAGAGGUAUUCUUCAGACGCUGAUACCGCAGACAGUGACGAGGAAGCGGACUUCAUUGAAGGGAUCGAUAAACUUCAUGAAAUUACUGACAAUAGCGUGGAGGAGAAAGACGACGAGCUGAAUGAGGAUGAUGAAGAGGACAACAACAGUGUGGUGGUGGGUGCAAGUAGAGGAAGAAAAAGAAGUCGGGAGGGUCCAGCAAAUAAAAGGAAACGCAAAAGGUCAGAAACUCAGGCCGAUACUCAAGUCGGGUGGAAAACAGAGAAGGAGCCUGAUCAUUUGCCACAUCCCCCACUCARUUUCCGUCCAAAGAGGAAACCAGGUGUUCAGCCGCCCCUCUCAAAUGAUGACAUUCCCUUUCCAUCAGAACUGUUCAAAUUAUAUUUUGACCAGGAUGUUAUAAAGACUAUCUGUGCAAACACCAACAAAAAUGCAGCAAAAAAUUUAGCUGCUGGAAAACAAUUUAUUUGGACUGAUGUCACAGCUGAUGAAAUGUAUGCAUACAUUGGGCUUACUCUGUACAUGGGACUGAUGAAACUACCACAAAUGAAAGAUUUUUGGACAACCACCACUGCAUUUCGGGUUUCAUAUCCAGGGACAGUAAUGCCCAGAGAUCGUUUUCUCAACAUCCAUGCCAAUAUCCACAUGAGUGACCCAAAGGAUGAUGCAGAGAAUGACAAAAAAAAGGGACACCCGAAUAUGACCCUCUGCACAGACUGCACCCCCUGUACGACAGUUUGAAGGUUGCCUGCAAAGUGGCGUACCACCCCCAGAAAAAUCUUAGUGUGGAUGAAAGAAUGGUAGCCACUAAAGCCAAGAUUGGGCUAAAACAAUACAUCAAAAAUAAGCCAACAAAGUGGGGGAUCAAGCUUUUUGUGUUGUCCGACACCACAGGCUACACUACAGACUUUCAUAUUUACACUGGAAGGUCCACUCAAAAAACUGGAAAGGGGCUGUCCUUUGAYGCUGUGAUGUCACUCAUCAACAAAGACUAUCUUGGAUCUGGAUAUCACAUAUACUGUGAUAACUUCUACACCAGCCCAGCACUGUUUUGCCACCUUCACAAGCUUGGGUUUGGAGCCUGUGGGACGUACAGAAGUUCAAGAGUUGGUGUCCCAAAGACGGACAAGAAUGCUCUGACCAAAAAGUCACCAUGAGGGUCCAUCAGAUGGCUCAGAGAGGGACCUCUCAUUUUUAUCAAGUGGAUGGACACGAGGGAGGUCAGUGUGUGUUCCACAGUGCACACGGCCUUUAAAGGAGACUCAGUCAGACGAGUGGGAAAGGCUGGAGGACAGCAUCAAGUCUUGUAUGUUCCAGUGCCAUCAGCUGUGAAGGAUUACARCCGGUUCAUGKGGGGAGUGGACUUAUCYGACCAGYUGAU